AUGGAAGAAGGAGAAAUAUCAAUAUAAGACACUGUAGGAUUCUUUAUUACUAUGAAUCCAGGAUAUGCAGGUAGAACUGAAUUACCUGAAAAUUUGAAAGCAUUGUUUAGAUCAUGUGCUAUGGUUGUACCAGAUUUAGUAUUGAUUUGUGAAAAUAUGCUUAUGUCUGAAGGUUUCUAAUAAGCAAGAGCAUUAAGUAGAAAAUUCGUAUCUUUGUAUAUGUUAUCCAGAGAAUUGUUAUCAAAAGCUAGACAUUAUGAUUGGGGUUUGAGAGCAGUAAAAUCAGUGUUGAGAUAAGCUGGUAAAUUGAAGAGAGCAGAUCCAUAAAUAGCAGAGGAUCCAUUAUUGAUGAGAGCUCUAAGAGAUUUCAAUAUGCCAAAGAUUGUUACAGAUGAUAAACCAAUCUUUUUAGGUUUGAUAGGAGAUUUAUUCCCAAGAAUUGAAUGUGAAAGUAAAACAAAUCCUGAUUUAAAGAAAAUUGUAGUUGAUACAACUAAAUAAGAUAUGGGAUUAGUAGCUGAAGAAAUGUUUGUAUUAAAAGUAGUUUAAUUGGCUGAAAUAUUGGAAGUGAGACAUUGUGUAUUUGUGAUAGGUCCACCAGGUUGUGGUAAAACAAGUGUAUGGAAAACUUUGGCAAAGACUCAUUAAAAUAGAGGAGAAGAUUAUGAAUUAGAUACUCUAAAUCCUAAGGCAGUGACAUCAGAUGAAUUAUUUGGAUGUUAUACUAAGACAAAGGAAUGGAAGAAUGGUGUUUUAAGUAUGAUUAUGAAGAAUUAAAAUAAAUGUGAAGAAAAGUAUAAACCUAGUCAUUUACAUAAAUGGUCAAUUUUAGAUGGUGAUAUUGAUCCUGAAUGGAUUGAAUCCUUAAAUACAGUUAUGGAUGAUAAUAAAGUACUUACAUUAGUGUCAAAUGAUCGUAUUCCUUUGACUCCAUCAAUGAGAUUGUUAUUUGAAAUUUCAAAUCUUAAGAAUGCUACUCCUGCUACAGUAUCUAGAGGUGGUGUCUUGUUUAUUAAUGAAACAGAUAUUGGUUGGAUGCCUUAUAUGAAUAGUUGGUUAGAAAGAUCAUUUGAAAAAUGUGUAGUGAAAAGAGAAGGAUUGAUGGGAUAAGUACCAUAAUCACCUCCUAUUGAUGAUAUUGCUAAAUCUGUAUUCUAUAGAUGUUUCUAAUAAUACUUUGAAACCAAUCCAGAUAUCAGAGAUAAGAGUAAAGUCAGAUUAAUAGUUCCAUAAGUUGAUAUUGCUUAAGUAAUGACAAUCUGUAUGAUUUUGGAUGCAUUACUUUUAGAAACAGAGUACACAAAGCUUUCUCAAAUGAAAGAAGAUGAUCAAAAAAUGAUUUAUGAAGCUUAUUUCAUUUAUGCAGGAAUGUGGGCUAUUGGUGGUUGUUUUGGAGGAGGAUAAGAUGAUGAAAAAGAUAUGAAAGAUUUCAACUCUGUAUGGAAAGCUGCUGCUAAAGUAAGAAUGCCAGAAUAAGGUAUGUGUUUCGAUUAUUACUUUGAUUUUGCUGAAUAAAAAUGGACUCAUUGGUAAGGUAAAGUAGUACCUUAUAUUGCUACUGAUGAAGCUAUCUUCUCUAAAAUCUAUGUUGCUACUUUACAUACAACUAGAUUAAGAACUUUAUUAGAUUACCAUCUUAGAAGAAAGAAAUGUGUCUUAUUUGUAGGAUCUGCAGGUACUGGUAAAUCUGCUGUUAUCAAAGAUUAUUUGAGUUAAACUAAAACAGAUCAAGUAUCAUAUAAAACUAUCAACUUUUCAUCAUUUACUGAUUCAUUAGCAUUAUAGAAGAAUAUAGAAUCUAUGGUUGAAAAGAAAUCUGGUAGAACUUUUGGUAGUGCUACAGGAAAAGCAUUAAUUUGUUUCAUUGAUGAUAUGAAUAUGCCAUAUGUAGAUAAAUAUGGUACAUAAUAACCUAUCUAAUUAUUAAGAUAAGUAGUAGAUUAUGGAAGUGUUUUCAAUAGAGAAUAAUUAGAAGAAAGAAAAUUCCUUUAAGAUUUACUAUUCUUUAGUGCUUUAAAUCAAAAAUCAGGAUCUUUCAUUAUAGAUUUAAGAUUAUAAAGAAACUUCUCUGUAUUCACUAUGUAUACACCUAAUGCUGAAAUCAUUAAAACUAUUUUUGGUGCUAUUUUAAAUAGUCAUUUAGCUACAUUUGAUGAUAAAAUACAUAAGUUAUCUGAUAAAUUAAUUGAAGCNGAGAUUGUUAUUUGAAAUUUCAAAUCUUAAGAAUGCUACUCCUGCUACAGUAUCUAGAGGUGGUGUCUUGUUUAUUAAUGAAACAGAUAUUGGUUGGAUGCCUUAUAUGAAUAGUUGGUUAGAAAGAUCAUUUGAAAAAUGUGUAGUGAAAAGAGAAGGAUUGAUGGGAUAAGUACCAUAAUCACCUCCUAUUGAUGAUAUUGCUAAAUCUGUAUUCUAUAGAUGUUUCUAAUAAUACUUUGAAACCAAUCCAGAUAUCAGAGAUAAGAGUAAAGUCAGAUUAAUAGUUCCAUAAGUUGAUAUUGCUUAAGUAAUGACAAUCUGUAUGAUUUUGGAUGCAUUACUUUUAGAAACAGAGUACACAAAGCUUUCUCAAAUGAAAGAAGAUGAUCAAAAAAUGAUUUAUGAAGCUUAUUUCAUUUAUGCAGGAAUGUGGGCUAUUGGUGGUUGUUUUGGAGGAGGAUAAGAUGAUGAAAAAGAUAUGAAAGAUUUCAACUCUGUAUGGAAAGCUGCUGCUAAAGUAAGAAUGCCAGAAUAAGGUAUGUGUUUCGAUUAUUACUUUGAUUUUGCUGAAUAAAAAUGGACUCAUUGGUAAGGUAAAGUAGUACCUUAUAUUGCUACUGAUGAAGCUAUCUUCUCUAAAAUCUAUGUUGCUACUUUACAUACAACUAGAUUAAGAACUUUAUUAGAUUACCAUCUUAGAAGAAAGAAAUGUGUGUUAUUUGUAGGAUCUGCAGGUACUGGUAAAUCUGCUGUUAUCAAAGAUUAUUUGAGUUAAACUAAAACAGAUCAAGUAUCAUAUAAAACUAUCAACUUUUCAUCAUUUACUGAUUCAUUAGCAUUAUAGAAGAAUAUAGAAUCUAUGGUUGAAAAGAAAUCUGGUAGAACUUUUGGUAGUGCUACAGGAAAAGCAUUAAUUUGUUUCAUUGAUGAUAUGAAUAUGCCAUAUGUAGAUAAAUAUGGUACAUAAUAACCUAUCUAAUUAUUAAGAUAAGUAGUAGAUUAUGGAAGUGUUUUCAAUAGAGAAUAAUUAGAAGAAAGAAAAUUCCUUUAAGAUUUACUAUUCUUUAGUGCUUUAAAUCAAAAAUCAGGAUCUUUUAUUAUAGAUUUAAGAUUACAAAGAAACUUUUCUGUAUUCACUAUGUAUACACCUAAUGCUGAAAUCAUUAAAACUAUUUUUGGUGCUAUUUUAAAUAGUCAUUUAGCUACAUUUGAUGAUAAAAUACAUAAGUUAUCUGAUAAAUUAAUUGAAGCAACAAUUCACUUAUUUAAUAGAGUUCUUAAAGAUACAAGAUACUCUCCCUCAGCUAGAAAAUUCCAUUAUUAAUUUAAUUUCAGAGAACUUGCAAAAGUAGUUGAAGGUAUGAUGAGAUCAACCCCUAAUUAAUAUAGAGGAUAACCAAAUAGAAUGUUAAGAUUAUGGGCACAUGAAGCUAAAAGAGUAUUUGAAGAUAGAUUCAUUAAUGAAGAAGAUAUAAAAGUCUUUAGAGAUUAUGUUAAAGAUGCAAUGGUCAAAAAUAUUGGAGAACCUGAUGAUAAGGACAAUCCUUUAGAGGAACCAAAUGUGUUUACAAGUUUUGUAGCAGCUCAUAUUGGUCAAGAAUAACAAUAUACAAAUUGCGAUCCUUAGACUUUAAAGAAAGUUUUGGAAGAUAAAUUAAGAGAAUAUAAUGAAGUGAAAGCUAUGAUGAAUUUAGUGUUAUUCUAGUAGGCUAUGGAACAUGUUUGUAGAAUAGCACGUAUUUUAGAAUUACCAGGAGGUAAUGCAUUAUUAGUUGGUGUUGGUGGUUCAGGUAAAUAAUCACUUACAAGAUUGGCUACAUUUAUUUUAGGAUAUGAAGCUGAUCAAAUGGUAGUUACAUCAAAUUUCACUAUAAAUGAUUUAAGAAAUUACUUAUAAGAAAUCUAUAAGAAAGUAGCUAAACCAAGUGCAGGAAGUAGAUGUUACAUUUUGACUGAUUCUUAAAUUAAAGAGGAAAUCUUUUUGAUUCCCAUUAAUGAUAUGUUAAAUUCUGGUUGGAUAUUUGAUCUCUUCCCUAAAGAAGAUUAUGACAAUAUGAUUUAAGGAUUAAGAAAUGAAGCUAAAGGAGCAGGUGUAUUAGAUAAUCUAGAAUCAAUCACAUAAUACUUUUUAGAUAAAAUGAGAAGAAAUCUUCAUGUUGUAUUAUGUUUCUCUCCAGUUGGUGAUACUAUGCGUAUUAGAUCUCGUAAAUUCCCAGGUAUUAUCAAUUCAACAAGUGUUGAUUGGUUCCAUCCAUGGCCAAAAGAUGCACUUAUUGAUGUGUCAUAUAGAUUCAUUUAAGAUAUUGAAUUGGAUACUGAUGAUCUUAGAAAAAUCAUUUCACUUCAUAUGGCUGAAGUCCAUCUUUCAAUUGAUUAUGCUAAUCAAAAAUAUUUGUAAUUAGAAAGAAGAUAUAAUUAUACUACACCAAAAUCAUUUUUAGAAUUGAUUGAAUAUUAUAAGAAAUUAUUGGGUGAAAAGAGAGAAUAGAUUCUCAAAUAAAUCAAGAGAUAUGAAUAAGGUUUAUAGAUUUUAGCUGAUACAUAAAGCAAAGUUUAAUUGUUAUAAGGUGAAUUGAAAAUAAAGAUGGUGGAAGUUGAUAAAAAGAAGAAUGAAACAGAUAUCCUUAUUGAAAAAGUAGGUAAAGAAUCUGCUGUUGCUGAAGUUGAAUAAAAGAUUGCAAAUGAAGAAGAAGAUAAAACUAAUACUGCAUCAAAAGCAGCAGAAGAAUUAGCAGAAACUGCAAGAAUUGAAUUAGAAAAAGCAAUACCUGCUUUAGAGAAAGCCAAAGCUGCUGUUGAUUGUAUUAAGAAACCAUAAAUUACAGAAAUGAAAUCUUUAGGUUCACCUCCUACUGGUGUGUUAACAACUGCUAGAGCUGUCUUAAUAUUAUUAGGAGAAAAGAUUACAUUAUAAGAUCCAGAAGAUAAAUUAUGGAAGAAAUCAUAAUAAGUUAUGAACAAUCCAUAAUAAUUUUUAGAUAGAAUUAUUGGUUUUAAUGGUAAAUCAAUUGAUCCAUAAAUAUUGGCAUCUGUUAAUAAAAUAAUAGAAGAUCCUGCUUUGAAAUUUAAUGAAGAAUCUAUGAAAGGAUAAAAUUAUGCUGCUUCCAAAUUAUGUGCUUGGGCUGUUAACAUUGUUACUUUUAACACAAUUUUCAAGUUGGUUGAUCCACUUGAAAAAUCAAGAGAUGCUGCUAUGGCUGAUUUAGAAUAAAAGAAGAAAGAAUUAGCUGUUGUUAAAGAGAAAGUUAGAGCAUUGAAUGAAAAAGUUAAUAAAUUAAAACGUGAUUUAGAAGAAGCUGAAAGAGUUAAAUAAUUAGUAGAAGCUGAUGCUAAUGCUUGUUAAGAGAAAUUAUCAGCUGCUGAAAAAUUAGUGAAUGGUUUAGCAGGUGAAAAUAAACGUUGGGGAGAAAAUGUAAAAGAAUUGUCUAGCAAUAUUAAAUCUGUUGUAGGAAAUGCAUUAUUGGCUGCUGCUUUUGUAUCAUAUAUUGGUGCAUUUUCAGCUAAAUUGAGAUUAGAAUUAUGGUCCAAGAUUUGGUUGAUUGAUUUAUAAGCUAAAUAGAUUCCAUUGACUUAAGGUAUUGAUCCACUUAAAAUCUUAACUACUGAAGCUAAAAUUGCUAGUUGGAAGAAUGAGGGAUUGUAAUCAGAUUAAAUGUCAUUGGAAAAUGCCUCAAUUAUUAGUGCUUGUUCAAGAUGGCCACUUAUUAUUGAUCCAUAAUUAUAAGGUUCAGUUUGGAUUAGAGGAUCAUAAGGUGAUAAUUUGGUUACUAUAAAUGUCAGUUAAAAUAAGUGGUUGUAAUAAUUAAAUGCUUCUAUUCCUAUGGGUAAAGCAGUGUUGUUAGAAGGUAUCUAAUAAGAAAUAGAUGCUACACUUGAUCCUUUAUUGAGUAGAGCAAUUGUUAAGAAAGGAAAGAGUGCUUAUUUAGAAUUAGCAGGUGAAUAAAUUGAUUAUGAUCCAAAAUUCAAACUAUUUUUAAUGACUAAAUUGUACAAUCCACAUUUCAGACCAGAAAUAGCUGCAUAAUGUACUAUUAUUAACUUCAUUGUUACUGAAUCAGGUUUAGAAGAAUAAUUACUUGCUGCUGUUGUGAAUAUUGAAAGAAAUGAAUUAGAAAUGAAGAGAUCAGAAUUGGUCAAAUAAUAAAAUGAAUUUUCAGUAUAAUUAGAUAAAUUAGAGGAAAAUCUUUUGAUUUAAUUAUCAGAAGCAGAUCCAUCAACUAUUUUAGAAAAUAAGAGUUUAAUUGCAAAUCUAGAUAAUACUAAAUAAACAUCUAAUACUAUUACUGAAUAAAGUAAGAUAGCAAAAGUGACUGAAGUUGAAAUUAAUCAAUAAAGAGAAAUUUAUAGAAUUGUAGCUGCUGAAGGUGCUAUGCUUUAUUUCUUAGUAAUUCAAUUAAGUGUUAUGGAACAUAUGUAUCAAUAUUCUUUAGAAUCAUUUAAUAAAUUCUUCUUUAAAGCUAUUGAAAGAACAACUAUUAGAGAUGAAACAAGAACUGAAGAGUUAAGAAAGAAUAUUAGAUAUACAAUUUAUUAAUGGAUAAGUAGAGGAUUAUUUGAAAAACACAAAUUAAUCUUUUUAACUUUGAUUGCAUUUAGAUUAAUGUAAAAGAAAGUAAUUGAAGUUGUUUAUGAACCAGCUGAAAUGGAUUUCCUUAUUAAAUGUGUACCUAGAGCAGGUGUUGAAAAUAAUUUAGAUUGGUUAUCAUAAAAUGCUUGGGAUUCAGUACAAGGAUUAAUUUAAUUAGAAGAAUUCAAAUUAUUUGCUUAAAAUAUGGAAAAAGAUGCUCCAAUAAGAUUUAAAGAUUGGUACAAUGAAUUAUAACCAGAAGAUGUAAAAUUACCAUUUGAUUGGAAGAGAUUAGAUUAAAUGCCAUUCAAAAAAUUAUUAGUCUUAAGAUGUUUAAGACCAGAUCGUAUUACAUCUGCUUUAACUAAUUUCAUUAGAUAAGCAUUACCUUAAGGUGAAUCCUUUGUUGAAAUGGAUUCAAAACUAAACUUUUCAGAUGUUCUUUCUGGAUCAGUUGAUGAUUCAGAUGCAACUAUUCCAAUUUUCUUCAUUUUAUCUCCAGGAGCAGAUCCAGUAAAGGAAGUAGAAAAAUUAGCAAGAUUAAAUAAGAUUGAACCAGGAAAAUCAUUCUGGAAUAUUUCAUUAGGAUAAGGUUAAGAUGAAAUUGCUAGACGUAGAAUUGAAGAAGGUAAUAAGGAAGGACAUUGGGUUAUGUUAUAAAAUAUUCAUUUAAUGCCUAAAUGGUUAUUAGAAUUAGAAAAGAUUUUGGAUUCAUUUACUGGAGAAUAAGGUGGUGGUAAUCCUAGAUUUAGAUUGUUUUUAUCAGCUGAACCUUCAGGUGGAAUUCCUAUUGGAUUAUUGGAUAGAUCAAUUAAAUUAACUAAUGAACCACCUGCUGGUUUAAGAGCUAAUAUGAAGAGAGCAUGGGCUUAUUUCAGUAAAGAUGAAAUUGAAGACAAAGAUCCUAAAAUUAAAUCAAUUCUCUUUGGUUUAUGUUUCUUCCAUUCUACAGUUAUUGAAAGAAGACGUUUUGGACCUAAAGGAUGGAAUAUGUCUUAUCCAUUCAAUAUGGGAGAUUUGAGAGAUUCCUAUUUAGUCAUGAAUAGAUAUAUGGAAUAAGGAGCUGGUGGUAAAGUGCCAUUUGAUGAUUUAAGAUAUAUCUUUGGUGAAAUCAUGUAUGGUGGUCACAUUGUAGAUGAUUGGGAUAGAAGAUUAUGCAUGGGUUAUUUGGAUAAUAUCAUGCAUGAAGGAAUAUUUGAUGAAUUGGAAUUAUUCCCAUUCAUUGAAGGCAAGAAUUUAUCAUUCAAAGUUCCUCCACCAAAUAAUUAUGAAAAAUACAUAGAACAUAUUGAAUAAGUACUCACUUAAGAAACUCCUCUUGCUUAUGGAUUACAUUCAAAUGCUGAAAUUGGUUUCAGAACAUAAUAAUGUUUAACUCUCUUCUCUACACUUUUAGAAUUACAACCAAAAGAUAGUGCUAGUGAUGAGAAUGCAAGUGGUAUGAGAACUAAGAACGAAAUUGUUUAAGAACUUAUUAAAUAAUUGGCUGAAGAUAUUAACUUAAAAUCUAUGAUAUUUAAUAUUGAUGAAAUUAAAAAUAAGAUUGAUGCUGAAAAUAAAGGACCUUAUUAAAAUGUGUUUUUGUAAGAACUUGAAUAUAUGAAUUACUUAUUAAUUGAAAUUGUAAGAUCUAUGGAUGAAAUUGAUCAAGGUUUUAGAGGUAUUCUUACAAUUUCAGAAUAAAUGGAAUAAAUUAUUGAUGCCAUUGCUUUGAAUAGAGUACCAAAUGUUUGGGUUGCAUUGGCUUAUCCAUCAAAGAGAGGUUUGGCUUCUUGGUUAACCAAUCUUCUCAAAAGAAUUGAAUAACUUAAUCUAUUUAGAGAUGAUCCUUAUGCAAUCCCUAAAGUCACUAUGAUUGGUAGAUUCUUCAAUCCUUAAUCUUUCUUGACAGCUAUCAAAUAAGUUAUUGGUAGAUAAAGAGCUCAAGAAUUAAAUAGAUUAUACAUAGCCACUGAAGUAACCAAAAAGAGUAUUGAAGAAAUUGAUUAAAUUGCAAAAGAUGGUGCCUAUGUAUUUGGAUUCGUAUUAGAAGGAGGUAUAUAUUUCAUUUUAAUUCUCUCUAGCUCGUUGGGAUGUAGUCACAGGAUAACUUGAAGAAUCAAAACCAAAAGAAAUGUUUAGUGUCCUACCUGUUGUCUACUGUAAAGCACUCAUGGUCCCUGCAGAAGGCAAAGAAGAUAAAGCUAUUUAUUAAUGUCCAUGUUAUAGAACUGAAGAUAGAGGUAAUACCUACAUCUUUACUGGAUAACUUAAAACCAGACUCAAUCCAAGAAAAUGGAUUUUAGCUGGAGUAGCUCUUCUUCUUGAUGUUGAAGGUACUUCUGAUGAAGCUGCUUCUGCUAAAAAGGAAAAGAAGACUUGA